AUGAGAUGGCUUCGACCAUACACAGGAUGGUGGCUGAGGAGGCCAAAGACUUCCUUCCUCCUCGUACUCGUCCUCAUUCCGGUUCUUUUCGUCUCCGUCGCCUUAUUGGCUGGGGAUGUUGACGCCGGGAUGCAAGGUGCCUUCCCUGGCGUGAAUUUCACCUCGAGACAUCAACCUAAGGACGAGGAGGCCGCCGAGAGGACAACUGCCCGCGCAUAUCAGCGGAUCCCCGAACCGAUUCCUCUGGAUGCUACCAAUGAAAUGAGCUCUAGAGCGCUUCAGAUGAGAAGGAAGUGCUCGGAGUUCGGCCUGGACCAGAAAGGGACCAAGAAGUACCUGAAACCCAACCCCUGGGAGUACUACAUCAACCAGAAGUACCACCUUGUUUGGUGCCCCAUUUUUAAGGCCGGCGCAUCUUCCAUGUUGUACAGUUUUUUGCUGCUGUCCGGUGAAGUGACUGAAGAAGAUAUCGAAGAGACGCUGAAGAAAGACAAGACGAUGCUCCCCUUGGCGAGGAGUCUUUAUCCCAGACCGUCCGUGAAGGAUCUCGCGGCUGCCACCGAGGAGGAUGGAGGUUCCAUCGUCUUCCUCAUCGUCCGGGAUCCCUUUCAGAGGCUAUACUCCGCCUAUCAGGACAAGAUCCUCAACCCUUUUCAGGGGAGUCCCCAUGACAAAAUGGGGAAAAAGAUGAUUCUCGAUUAUCGGAAGCUCUCCACGUCGGAAAGGCAGGCCUUACGAAGCGGGACCUUAGACGCAAAACCUAGUUUUGAGGAAUUUUCCCGUUAUCUCUUGGCGCACACACGCCGAGGAGACAUGGACAUGCAUUGGAUGCCGUACUAUCAAUUUUGUACACCGUGCCAGGUCCAUGUGAACAUGAUCCUGAAAAUAGAGAAUUUGGAACGAGAGCAAAGGUAUCUGUUCGAGAAGAUCGGGGCCUCGGACCUGGUUCGUCCCCGCUGGGAGAACAAAGGGAGGCUCUCCAAGGAGACCAGGGAAGAGGAUGUGGCGGAGGUCUUCUCGAGUCUCCCCGGAGACGUCCUUCAAGGCCUCAUCGAAAUCUACAGGAAGGAUUUCGAGUUAUUCGGGUAUUCGAUUGACAAGUACCGGCGGACGAGAGAUUCCUAGGUCUCGGAAUUUGGGACAGAGUUGGGGAAUUGACAAUUGUCGCUUGGUGCCAUUAUCUCGGACGCAAUUAUUUUCGCUAUUUAUUAUUUUACGUGGAGUUCAUUUGGGACUUGAAACUCGUUCUAUGGUACGAGGUACUUAUAUUUA